AUGAGUUCCUGUGUGGAUGCCGGUGGGAAGAACAUUACUCACUGGGAGGCAGAUUUUUCUGUAUUAAUGCCACAUUCACUUGUCCAAUUGAAGAGUUCACUUCUUCAUACACUAUUGGAAAACUUAACUCAAUCAUCAAUUUGUGGUUCUACAGCAAUAUGGCAUGUUCCAAAUCCAAUUAACUUUACAUAUCAAUACACUAAUGAUCAAUUUUCAAAAUUAAAUGACUCUUUUAUUAUUUCUACGCGUACAUUAACUAAUACUGAUAAAGAUAACACGGAAAAUGAAACCAAGAAAGUGUUGUACAAAGAGACUAUUAAGAAACGAACUCUAAUUGAUCACCAUCAACGUUGGCUUAGCGAUGAGAUCACCGAUAGUCAACCAUUGAUUUAUCAAGAAUCAAAUGAAAUCUAUUCAAUGACAUUUUCACAGUUAAAUAAUGCAGCUAAUCGUAUGGCUAUGAACUUAGCUAAUUAUCUUGAACCGAAAUGGUCAAAUAUAACAAAGAAGGUUAACAGAACACAGUUAAAUGAUACUUCAUGUUCAUUGGUGGAUGAACCAGUAGAACAUAAAAAUCAAUCGGAUACAAUAGUUGCAUUAUUUAUGCCACCAGGAAUCGACCGUAUUGUAGCACAAAUUGCAUGUAUGAAGUUACAUUUGGCAUAUAUGCCUCUUGAUCGCAAUGUUCCAGUCGGACGUAUUUCACAAAUUCUUACUAAAAUAAAACCUAUAUUAAUAUUACUGGCUAAGGAUUAUUAUGAUUUCAUAUAUGACAAAAAUGAUUCUAAAGAUGAGCUUUGUACUGAACCAACAAUAGUUACAGAUGGCGAGUUCUUAUGUGAUUCAGACAGAAAAUUAUCUAAUGAUUUUAUAGGAGGAAGUUUAGACGAACUUCGGAAUACAUUUCAGUCAUUUGAUAUAAAAGUUUAUGAAUACAUCAAAUCGAUAAAAUUGUCGAAAUAUCAUUCACGAUCAGAUAUUUACACUGCAUCAAUUCCAACUAGAUCUUGUUUAUUUCCAUUUGAAUCUGAUCCAGUUGUUUUGGUAUUAUUUACUUCAGGAAGCACAAGUUCAGGACCAAAGCCGGUAAAACUCAGGACAAUGCAGUUAUUUAAUCGUUUAGAGUGGCAAUGGAAUUCAAAAUCUGACAUGGAUUUACCUAAUACUCAAGAUACUACAGAUUCAGUUGGAUCAGUGAGACGUAUUGGUUUGGCUAAAACAGCUUGGAGUUUUGUGGAUGGGUUCACUGAAUUGUUCAGUUGUCUUUUAGCUGGAAUACCAGUAGUUGUCCCCGGUGGAUCAAUGUGUCCAAGUGAAAAAUCCGUGACUGAUGUUCAACAGCUAAUGAAUCUAACAAAUUAUUUUCAUAUUAGUCACAUUACUACUGUUCCAGCUCAGCUAGAUCUAUGGUUGAAGCAACUGCGUUUGAAGCCCAAGCAUACAGUGACAAGUAGUUUAUCGAGUUUGAGGACUAUAGUUGUAAGCGGUGAUAUUGUUAGUCCUAAACUGGCUCGUGAUUUCUUUCAGCUAUUCAGUGACACAAAAAUACGUCUUGUUAAUUUAUAUGGAACAACUGAAGUGGCCGGUGAUGUUACGGGUUUAGUACUUCAUAGUGAAGAAGAUGUGCUGAGAAACACUAAAAUUGUACCCUAUGGAUUAGAGAGAGAAAAUAAUGAACCUGGUAGAGCAGUAUUAUCAGUCGGUACUCCAAUAAAAGGAACGGCUAUUAUGAUAAUUCAGAAUCAUGAUGACGACGAUGACGAUAAUGGAGGGAAUGAAAAUCAAUUGAACGAAUGGUCAGCUUCAUCUUUGUCCUGUAUUGGUUCAAUAGACCAGAUUAUGAAUUUGGAACAACUCCCUUUUAAGAUUUUGCCCAAAGGGUAUGUAGGUCAAGUGUGCAUACUUGGAGAACAAUUAGCCGAAAACAUCAGUAACUGUCAUAUUGAAUUUUUAACAGGCCAUCUAAAAUACUCAGAUAAUCAUACUUACAACCAAGAAAAGAUAUUUGACUCAAAGGAUUGCCUUUCAAGGACAUAUAGUCGUCCGGAGAGAAUUCAAAUUUUCAUGCCUGGUGACCUUGGAUUCAUUGAUCCUGAAAACAACCAUUUAUUUAUAUAUGGUAGAACGAAUGAGUUAAUCAAAGUGAACGGGAUACGAUUUCAUGCACGUGAUAUCGACAAUUUAUUUAUAGAGUUGAAGAAAAAAAUGGGAAGCUAA